AUGGCAACACCAGGACCACAUGUGUUUCUACUGGUGUUAUCAGUGGGACGUUUUACUAAAGAAGAGAAAGAGGCAGUGAAGAUCAUUGAAGAAACUUUUGGAGACAAAGCCGGAAUGUACACUAUGGUCCUGUUCACUAAAGGAGAUCAGCUAGGGAAGAAAACCAUAGAACAGUACAUAGGAGACCCUGGAACUGACUUAGGGAAUUUGAUUGACCAGUGUGACCCCAGUAACCAAACUCAGGUUGUGGAACUCCUGGAGAAGAUAGACACCAUGGUGUCAGAGAAUGGAGGGACCUUCUACACUAAUGAGAUGUUCAGACAGGUAGAAGAAACUCCCCAAGAGGAAAAGGAGAGAAUGCCUACAAGGAUUGUGCUGGUUGGGAAGACUGGAGCUGGGAAAAGUUCCUCAGGAAACACAAUCCUGGGACGGAAAGCCUUCAGAGCAGCCAAGAGCAGCUCCUCCAUCACCAAAGAGUGCUGUAAGGAGGUUGGUGAAGUGGCUGGGAGGAAGCUGGUUGUCGUGGAUACUCCUGGUCUGUUUGACCCAACUUUGUCAGAUGAAGAACUGACACAGAAAAUUGGAAAGUGCAUAAAUAUGACAGCUCCAGGUUUACACGCAAUUGUUGUGGUCAUCAAAGUGGGUCCCUUUACAGAGGAGGAGAGACUGUCUGUGGAGAAAGUCAGAGCCAUGUUUGGUGAGGAGGCUGACAGAUACACCAUGGUCCUCUUUACUCAUGGGGAUGAACUGGACUCUUACAUUGAAAAGUACCUGAGUGAAGCACCUCAGGAUCUCAAAGAAUUCCUGAAAUUGUGCGGAGGCCAUCAUCACAUCUUUAACAACAAAGACACGCACAAUCGUACCCAAGUGCUAGAUUUCCUUGAGAAAGUGGACAAAAUGAUGUCAGGCAACGAGAGUGAAUAUUACACUUGCCCUAUGUUCCAGGAUGUUGAGAAAAUGCUUCAGUCCAAAGAGGAAGAGCUAAAGCAUAUGUAUCAAAAGAAAGAGGAAGAAUUAGUACACAAAUUUAACAAGGACAGGGAAAUGUUGCUGGAUACCAUUAAAUCCCUUAAAGAGUCAGAGCAAGCAAAAGAAAAAGUAAAACUCCUAGAGAAAAAGAACAUGGAGCUGAUGGAAUACAAGAGAUAUUAUGAGGAGAAACAGAGGGCCAUCAGGGAUGAGAUAGAACAAACACCAAUGAAUGAGAAAAUAAUGAUGGAGAUCUGCAUUAGAUUAAAGAAAUUUUAUCCUCAACAGCCAAAUGGAAGAGAACUCCUAGAAAACUGUGAAGACAUGAACACGUCACUAAAACUCAAUAUUAUCCUGCUGGGACAAACAGGAGCAGGAAAGAGUGCCUCAGCAAACACUAUUCUGGGAAGAAAAUGUUUUGUCUCCAAGAAAAGUCUUAAACGAGUAACUUCAGAGAUCCAGCAGGAGAAUGUCACCAUUGAUGGAAUCAGUCUUACUGUCUAUGACACACCAGGACUGUGUAACACAGGGAGAAGUGAUGAGGACAUUCUGACCCAGUGUCAGAGUAUCCUUCACUUUGAUGACUCCGCUUUAUCUGUGUUUCUCCUGGUGAUUCAAGCUGACAGAUUUGGACCAGAAGAAAGAAAGGUGGUCGAGGAAAUUGAGGAGUUUUUAGGAGAGACCCGUUUAAGGGAGACUUGGAUUCUCUUCACCAGAGGAGACGAACUGGAGGAGGAGCAGCUCAAAAUAGAGGGAUUCAUAGAGGACACAGAUGAACUCUGGAGGGUUGUAGAGAGAUUUGAGGAAAGAAUUCACAUUUUCAACAACAAAACACAGGAUGCCGGCCAAGUGAGCAAACUGAUUGAGAAAAUAAAAAGCACAAAUCUGCAGAGAAUGUCUGACAGAUUAAACCUGGUGUUGUGUGGGUGUGUUGGAUCAGUGAAGAUCUCCAUAUCAGAGUUCAUUCUGGGCCAGAGAGAGUCCAGUCCAGAGUCCAGCUCAGUGUGUGUGAGGAGGGAGGGAGAAGUGUGUGGACGCCUGCUUACCCUGGUGAAAAUGCCAGCUCUGUACAACACUCAGCUCUCAGAGGAGGAAGUGAUGCGUGAGACUCUCCGCUGUGUCUCUCUCUGUGAUCCUGGAGUCCAUGCUUUCCUCCUGGUCAUUCCUGAGGGCUUCCUCACUGAUGAAGACAAAGGAGAAAUGGAGAAGAUUCAGACAGUAUUCAGCUCAAGAGUCAAAGAUUAUACCAUGGUCCUGAUAAAUCAAAAACCUGGACAGGAAGGGACAGAAUUAGAUGAAUCAACUCAGACAAUCAUCAGAUCCUGCAGAGGAGGACAUCAGUUCUUAGGUUCCAGUUCAGAGGUGUCAGAGUUACUGAAGAGUGUUGACAAACUGGUGGACCAGAAUAGAGGAAGUCAUUACACAUCAGUCAUGUACCUGGAUGCUCUGGUGGAAAGACAACUAAAGAAAUAUCAGACUGAAAAUAGACAGCUAAAGAAAUACCAGACUGAAAAUGAAGAUAUGAAGACAAAAAUGAAGACUCUGAGAAUAGUGCUGGUGGGGAAGACUGGUGUUGGGAAGAGUGCCACAGGAAACACCAUCCUGGGGAAAGAAGAUGUUUUUAAAGAAGAUGAGAGUUUUUAGUCAGUGACUAAAAGAUGUCAGAGAGAGACAGCUGAAGUCAAUGGAAGACAGAUAACAGUGAUUGACACACCAGGACUGUUUGAUACAGAGAUUGAUAAUGAGGAGAUGAAGAAAGAGAUCAGUAAUUGUAUCGUCAUGGCAACACCAGGGCCACAUGUGAUCAUACUGGUGUUAGCAGUGGGACGUUUUACUAAAGAAGAGAGAGAAGCCGUGAAGAUCAUUGAGGAAACUUUUGGAGACAAAGCCAGAAUGUACACUAUGGUCCUGUUCACUAAAGGAGAUCAGUUAAGGAAGAAAACCAUAGAACAGUGUAUAGGAGACCCUAGAACUGACUUAGGGAAUCUGAUUGACCAGUGUGGUAACAGAUACCAUGUGUUUAACAACACAGACCCCAGUAACCAAACUCAGGUUGUGGAACUCCUGGAGAAGAUAGACACCAUGGUGUCAGAGAAUGGAGGGACCUUCUACACUAAUGAGAUGUUCAGACAGGUAGAGGAACCUCUCCAAGAGGAAAAGGAGAGAAUACUGAGAGAGAGAGUGGAGGAGAUAGAGAGAGAGAAAGAAGAACUGAAGGCUGAAUAUGAGACAGAGAUAGAGAGAAUGAAAGAGACAAUGGAGGAGGAGAGAAAGAAACAGGAUGAAGAGAGGAAAAGAAGGGAGGAGGAAUUUGAAAAAGAGGAAGAGGAGAAAAGAAAACAGGAUGAUGAAAGAGUAAGAAAGGAAGAGGAGAGAAAACAGAGGGAAUUUGAGGAGAAAAUAAAGAAUGCAGAGGAAAGAGUGAAGGAGAUAGAACAGCAAAAACAUCUGCAGCAAAAAGAGGAAAAAGAGCAUGAAUGGGAAAGACAAAAAGACAUGGAGGAGAGAGAAUUAGAAAAGAGAAGACAAAUAGAGGAAGAGAGGAAAAGAAUAGAGAGGUCUGUGAUUCAGAUGACUUGGUGUCAAUGGGUCAGAGUUCUGUAA